ACACAUUUCACCAACAUCUUGCAUACGAUUCGCUCACCAAUAUGAAAUACUUCAUCAUACUCGUAUUGGCAUCAGCGGCUACAGCAGCCCGCCUUGAUAAUGUAUACCUACCAGCCAACUCCGACUCCUCGAGUGGAUCCAGCGCUGGUCUUCAAACACCGUUUGAAUCAGGAUCUGAUGCAGAAAACUAUAGUCAAGGCAGCCAAGGUUUUGGAUCUGGCAGUCAGAGGAGCAGUCAGGGGGGCAGUCAGGCCACAAUCUUGAAGAUUGAUAAUCAGCUUGAUGAACAAGGAUAUCACUACGCCUAUGAAACCAGCGAUGGCACCAAAGUGGAACAGGAUGGGCGCGUCAUUCCCGGAGCAGUGCCAGAGGAGGGUUCCCUACAAGUCGCUGGUUCUUACUCCUACAUAGGUGAUGAUGGCCAAACGUACUCCAUCACAUACACUGCUGAUGAGAACGGCUUCCGAGCGGAAGGUGCACAUUUACCAACACCACCGCCGAUCCCUGAAGCCAUCUUGAGGAGUUUGCAGCUUACUGCUGGUUCUCAAGGACUUUACGACCGAAAAAUAAAUAGUUACGAUGCCGACGCCGGCUAUUGAAGAUAUCUAGUUAUAAAACGAUUAAUUUAAGCUAUAGUCACUGCCACCUGUUCACAGGAAAUAAUAAUUUAAUACUUUUUUUUUUAUUUUUAUAAUAUAAAUUGUUGAUGUCGAAACCACCAAUAUUCGCAUAGUAUUGUUACAUUUAAAAUAUAUGAUUAUUAGAUAUGGUAUUUCAAACGCCUGUAGAAAAAUUAUAGCAAUGUUUGUUUAAUGUAACAAUGCUACCAGUAAAAUAAUAUAAA